GCACAUCCCCGCCGCCCUGCACACCGGCCUGGGCGCCCGGCCCCGCCUCCGCCGCCGCCGCCGCCAUUCCUGCGCCCGCGCCGCCGCCCCGCCGGGACCCACCGCGCCAGGGCUACGCUUUCUGAAGACUUCCUCCUAGACGACUGGCAAGUUCCGAGACCCCCAGGAUACAGAUUUCUCCGGAAGGUCAGGACGAAGCCCACUGUUCAAGAACAGGAGGCCCCUGACGUUGGCAGAGGCGAGAGCCACCGGACCCCCCAAGCGUACUGAGAAAUGUGGGUCCUCGGGGGUCACGGUGCCCGUCGGCUCCAGGCCGUGCGGCGGGUCAGGGCCCUGGGGCUCUGAGUGACCCACCGGACACGCGCAGCGGCCUCGCUGCCCACAGGCACUCGCUGCUGAAGCCCUGCGCGGCCCCUGCCCAGGAGGAUGUGCGCCCGCACGGGGGGGCCGCUCACCGCCCUCGCCAUGGUGUUCGGGGCAGCCGUGGCAUUUGCACCCAUGCCUAGGAUCACCUGGGAGCACGCAGAGGUGCAGCUGGCGCAGUUUCACCAGCCCGGCAUCUUCAACUACUCGGCCCUGCUGCUGAGCGAGGACGAGGACACCCUGUACGUGGGCGCCCGGGAGGCCGUGUUUGCUGUGAGCGCACGCAACGUCUCCCAGAAGCGGCACGAGGCCUACUGGAAGGUCUCAGAAGAUAAACAAGCCAAGUGCGCAGAAAAGGGAAAGUCAAAACAGACCGAGUGUCUCAACUACAUCCGAGUGCUCCAGCCGCUUGGCACCGCUGCCCUGUACGUGUGCGGGACCAAUGCCUUCCAGCCGGCCUGUGACCACCUGGACCUGGCGUCUUUUCAGUUUCUGGGGAGAAACGAAGACGGCAAAGGAAGAUGUCCCUUUGACCCGGCACAGAGCUACACGUCUGUGAUGGUCGACGGAGAGCUUUACUCUGGGACGUCAUACAACUUUUUGGGAAGCGAGCCCAUCAUCUCCCGGAAUUCCUCCCUCAGUCCUCUGAGAACGGAGUACGCGAUACCUUGGCUCAACGAGCCCAGCUUUGUCCAUGCCGAUGUGAUUCGAGCGAGCCCGGAAGGCGCCGAGGGCGGGGAUGACAGGGUCUACUUCUUCUUCACGGAGGUGUCUGUGGAGUACGAGUUUGUCUCCAAGUUGAUGAUCCCCAGGGUCGCGCGGGUGUGCAAGGGGGACCAGGGCGGCCUGAGGACCUUACAGAAGAAGUGGACCACCUUCCUGAAGGCCAGGCUGCUCUGCUCCAGGCCGGACGGCAGCCUCUUCUUCAACGUGCUGCGCGCCGUCUUCGUCCUCAGGGCCCCGGACCUGAAGGAGCCCGUGUUCUACGGGGUCUUCACCCCGCAGCUGAACAACAUGGGGCUGUCGGCCGUGUGCGCCUACAACCUGUCCACGGCCGAGGCGGUCUUCUCCCGCGGGAAGUACAUGCAGAGCGCCACCGUGGAGCAGUCCCACACCAAGUGGGUGCGCUACAGCGGGCCAGUGCCCUCGCCCAGGCCCGGGGCGUGCAUCGACCGCGAGGCGCGGGCCGCCAACUUCUCCAGCUCUCUCAGUCUGCCCGACAAGACGCUGCAGUUCGUCAAAGACCACCCUCUGAUGGACGACUCUGUGACCCCGACAGGCAACCGGCCCCGGCUGGUCAAAAGUGGUGUGAACUACACCCAGAUUGUGGUGGACAGGACCCAGGCCCUGGACGGGACUGUGUACGAUGUCAUGUUUGUCAGCACAGACCGGGGCGCCCUGCACAAGGCCAUCAGCCUGGAGAGCGAUGUCCACAUCAUCGAGGAGACGCAGCUCUUCCAGGACCUGGAGCCAGUUCAGACCCUGCUGCUGUCCUCCCAGAAGGGAAGAAGGUUCAUCUAUGCCGGUUCCAACUCGGGCGUGGUCCAGGCCCCAGUGGCCUUCUGUGGGAAGCACAGCACCUGUGAGGACUGCGUGUUGGCCCGGGACCCCUACUGCGCCUGGAGCCCGGCCACGGCGGCCUGCGUGGCCCUGCACCAGACCGAGAGCCCCCGCAGGGGUCUGAUCCAGGACAUGAGCGGGGAAGUGUCCGCUUGCCCCGCCUCAUCUCCUAUGCCCUCCCCUCCUCCGGGGUCCUCCUCCCUGUCCUGUCUGGGCCCCGACUCGUCCUCCUCUCCCCGAAGCCCCUGGCUGGCCCCGGGCUCUGGGCCUGACGGCCGCCUGCGGGCCACCUUGCUGCCGCCCUUCCUCAGCGACCAGGCCCAGCACGUGCCUGCCCUGGGGACCUUCCACCUCUUCUGCCAGGCCACAGUACAGCUGACUUGCUACCCGUCGCCAUGUGGAGAGCAGAAAAGACCUUCCCGAUGCUGCUCCUCGUGGCGGCCGAGAGACUCAGGAAAAGGACCUUGCAGUGAGGAGCUGGCCGACCAGAGCCUAUGUCCCCACAUAAACAGCUCAGAAAGUGUCUGGAGAGGCAGGGCACACAGUGGGAAUAACGCGUUACAGAGGACCAGAGAGGCAGGGCUUCCUCCACACACCCCGCGGUCCCACUGCCAGCCCUGGCCACACGCUGUGCCAUCUGACUCAUUACUGCACUUCUGUUUGCUCAUUAGGCCACUUACCUCUCAGAGAUACAGUACCUGGCAUGACUGAAUUCAACUAACAGUACUUUCAAAGCCAACAUCACACACUACCUGCCUGACAAGCUCAAACCAGUGACACUGCAAUCCUGCCAUUUCCUCUGUGACAAGCAUGCCAGCAGAGACAGGGCAGGGUCUGGAGGCGCCGGUCUCUGAGGGUCUGAGACCUCAGCAGCUGCUACUUCCAGCGCCAGGAGGUCUGGGCAUAACAAGCCUCUCCCUGCUCAGCCCCCACCUUCCAUUCCAAGGCUGAAAGGCACAGGUCAAGACAAAGGAAGAACUAAUAAGAAAGAGACCAAGGAUAAACCAAAUGACCAGAGUCUCCAGGGAAAUUAAAUAAUCACUCUUUAUUGAAAAUAAAUAAGCCCUCUUACUUACAGGAAAAUAGGAAAGUAAACUUUUUGCCUCCUGGCCUCUGAGACAGAAACCACAUUCAGAACAUGUUCAUUUACAAAAGAAAGAUUUGUAGAUUAUCAAAACUGAAAUUUAGGAAUUUCAAUAUACAUUGUUUCUCUGAAAAAUAACAACUAAAAUUAGAAAUAAUUCAUGUCAAAGGUCACAGGUUAAAAAACCGAUUUUUCUUGAGGCUCAUUUUAGCAAACCCUCCAGGUCUCCCCAGAUCUUCCCACUGAAAGGCCACAUCCCGAGAAGGACCCUCCCUGCCUCCUGCUCUGACGCGGGCUCCCCGCAGGGGCAGGGCUGGGCCCUCACCGUGCCUGGGAGGACAGCAGCCACACUGCUCCCGUUUCCACAGACGAAUGACCUGGCUUAGCAAUCCGCUCUGGAGCAGCAGAGGGCUCGGCACCUUCCCCAGGGUCUUCCGGAUUCACAGUACUCAGAGGGCUUCCAGAAAGGCUCCGUCAGCAAGCCCAAUGCCCGCCACAGGACCUGCAGCCUUGGUGCCACAAAGGCCGCUUCCCACGCCCUCUACGCUGCCAACGUCCCAAUUAAACAGCGUUACAAAUACAUUAGGCCAGUGAAAAGCUAAGAAGAGGGCCACAAAGUUGUUCAAACCUCCCCUCCUUACCCCAAAUACAAACACACAAAAGAACCCUUCUUAUAAAUUCAAGUUCAUCAUCUGAGAGGUUGAAGCCUCUAGUGAUUCUUCUAGCUCCAGGGCACACUGACUGUACGCUUCCAGAUGUUUUCUCCAGAUUUCAACUGGAAGAAGAGAGUGGCACAGCUGAAGAACAGCAGGGACAGUCGGGAAAGUCUCUACUAGAGAGCAUGCUGCUCAGCGGCUCAGUCCCCUGCACAGGCCAGCAUGGGCUCAACCCCAUCUCCCACGCACCCCCCGCCCCGAGUGAGCAGCAUCAGUCAGCCUGGGUGCUGGCUGACCUUGACCACCUCCUGCCGAGGGUACAGCUAUCCUUGCAGCCACCUUGUCCAGGGGCUGUCUGACCAGAGGUCUGUUUGAGACACUCAUUGACAAGUCCUUGCAAAUUCGGGUCUGAGAACACCUCUCAGACAAUGGCCAGACUUAACCGGGCCUUCCUCAGCCAGGGCCCAGCACCGGGACUUUUGAAUCAAAGUCCAGGAAGACUUGAAGGACACUUGGCCCAGACUCGGACCCUCCCCAGCACUCACUGUAGUGUGGCUCUUCUGUUGUGGGAGAAGCUGGGGGGCCGCCUUCUGCGGAGCUGCUGGGACCCUGUGCAGGCUCCUGGCGCGUGGUCUCGAGCAUCGUCUUGUACGCCUCCCGCGCCGCCAUCGUCAGCUCAACCAUCUUGUGGAACUGGUCCUUGGACAGAGUGAGGGCACAGAUGAUGCCCGACCACAGAAAAAAUGGGUCUCCUGCAAACCCUCCGCAGAGAAGGGUGCCACCCGCCGAGGGUGCCACCCCGAGAGAACAGGGCGCCUGAGGCACCUGCGUGGCAGCAGUGAGCCCAGAGCAGAACUUGGAAUCACACUUCCGUCCGUGCUCUUAAGGAAACAUGCCACUGAGGCUGAGGGGCCGCUGGGCUCUGUCUGGGAGCACGCCGUGUCCGCCUCCCCCCAGGCGCAGCCUGCUCCCGCUCACCUGGGCCCCAUCGUAGCUGAAGAUGCCCACCACACUGACAGGAACAGCUUUGUUCAAACUGCGCCCCAGAGCCUUGCGGUUGAGAGCGAACACAAAGGGAAUGUUCUGUUCACAGGCGUAAGCGAUGAUGGUGUGCAGGGUGUCGUCCAAUCCACCUGUCCGAGGGAGGGCCCGGGAAUGACAGGAGAGGCGUCACAUGGGCUGGAGGGGACACUGGUCACAAGGGCUUUUGACACACACAGCAACACGGCCAGCUCCCUCUGACUCGCCAGCCACAGGGAAGAAAUCUCUCUCCAAAGACCACUCCUUCGUGGAAUGGAUGGGUCUAUGCUGAGCCAACAGCUGCGUGACACCUAACAGUCUUGGCAAACAUCACUGAGCACUGAGCACGGCUGGGCCACCGCUCUACCUGCCUCCCCUGUGGGAGCUGCCGCAUCCUCACAAACACACAAGAGGGGAGGCUACGCCCCGCGCCGAGGGGAGCCAGCAGCAGAGAGGCCCCUGGCACCCAUCCCACAUCACCUCCCCCCAGCCUGAGCACACACGGGCCUGGCUCCCAGCGAGGCGCCAGCCAGGCCGCUGCACAGGCCGCGCGGGGAGAGGCAGCGCGAGCUUCAGCGGAAGGUGAGGAGCUCCGUGCGGGGUGUGCCUGCCAAGCCGGAAACCGGCAGCGGUUACCACCACCAGAGCAUUACACACGGAGCCAGCCGGGACGCACAGUGGAGAAACGGCUCCACUCCGACAGCAGCCAAAGGUGAGCACAGGCAGGAACCGACGCAUCGGCAGACCCACAGAGCAACCUCCACCGGCUAAAAACACCACAGAAAACUUUAAGCGAGACAUCUCUGCUCCCGGGCAGGGGGAUCCAAAAUUACACAUGUCCACUCCACCAGGUGUACCGGUUAAUAAUGCGGGUUUUGUGAUCAAAGAAAACACGAUAAUUUCAAGAGAAACAUCUAAAGUGCAUUAUUCAAAGUACAGUAGUUGUGUUACGUCGGACUCAACAUACGUCGUUUCGUGGUUAUGUCACCAUCUCCCAUUUAUUUAUAAAAAAGUUCUGUCAUUUCGACGUA